CCUGGGCCCCCGAGCGGGCGGUUGGGGUUCGGGAGCAGAGUUGGCCCUGCUGGCUUGGCUUCGUUAAUGAGGAUGGUUACUCUUCGUCUGAUGCCGUUUCUUUCGGCCCUUACUCUGUGCCGGGCACUGUUCUAAGCGCUGGGCUUUUCAGAGAGGGGAAGGAUGAUCGGCACAGGCCGGUUCUUCAUCGUCUAGGCCGAGGCCGAGAGGAGAGACCCCAGGACUGCAGUUUUCAAGUCUCCUGACCCCAUUUUUAUUCCCGACCUCUCUGUUCCCUGCUGGUGAUUGCAUCUGGAGGCAACGCCCGGGGAACCUGGGGACAUCGAGGCUCAGCCUUGCCUCCGGCUCCUUUCACUUCUCCCCAGGGGAGGAUGGACAGAUUUCUAGUCAAGGGGGCUCGGGGAUGCUCCGUUGGAAAAGGUCCACGGGAACAGUUGGGGAGAAAGCGGGCCCUGGAGCACAGUGAAGACGGCCAGGAGCGAGAGUCAGAGCCGGAAAAUGGAAGAGAGAACCUCGAGAAGAAAACCUCAGUGAUGGCCGACCCCUCUGUGGGAGGUUACCGCUGGCAGCAAAUCAAGGCCGAAGGCCUGGAUUGUGAUUAUGCUGUCCUUUUUGGCCGGGCUGAGGCAGACGGACUUUUUCAAGAGCUGGAAAGAGAAGUGGAAUAUUUUACAGGUGACCUUUCCAAAGUUCAAGUGUUCGGGAAGUGGCACAGCAUUCCGAGGAAGCAGGCGACCUACGGCGAUUCCGGGCUGUCUUACACCUUUUCGGGUCUCACCUUGUCUCCCAAACCGUGGAUCCCAGUGACGGAGCGUAUCCGGGACCGCGUCUCCCGGGCCACCGGACACAACUUUAACUUCGUACUUGUCAACAGGUAUCAGGACGGGCACGAUCACAUCGGGGAGCACCGGGAUGACGAACGGGAACUCGCCCCGCGGAGCCCCAUCGCCUCCGUGUCCUUCGGCGCCUGCAGGGACUUCUGCUUGCGGCACCGCGAUUCUCGAGGGAAGAAGCCCUCGAGGGACGUGGCCAGCGUGAAGCUGCAGCUGGCCCACGGGAGCAUCCUCCUGAUGAACUACCCGACCAACAUAUACUGGUACCACAGCCUCCCCGUCCGGAAGAAAGUUCGGGCUCCGCGAAUCAACCUGACCUUCCGGACGAUCGCGUCUCCUGGAAAGUAAAUGUUUGGUCGUCGUUUUUUCUCUUCUCCCUCAACCGAGCUUGCUCUCUGGACCGUGGGACCACCUCCUCCGCAUCUAUCCUACUUGGAGCCGGGGCUCGUCGCCACUGUGAUUUGAAAGAGACUAGCGUUGGAAAGCUGUGAAAGAAAACUUGCAACGUUCGUUGCGGAAGUGGGAGAGGUGGGCUAAAAAUCGGUGUACGACCGGAGUCACUGUCCUCCCUACUUUGAUUUGUGCUGUAAAACAGUGAGCUGGGAAAUACCACCACUUGAUCUUUUCGAAUUUAAAAAGUAUUCUUUAUUGCCAGAAGAUCCAGCAGGCACAAAAGGAACCUGUAGCAAAAACGUAAAAUCAGUGGUUUCUUUCGUGGGGUGAUAGCUUUGUGGUCGUUUUAGAUAGUGAACUUGAGCUACAAAUAUAGUAUUUUAAUACUGUACUAAGCCAAGACUAAGCAAAUUAGAAUGAUUUCAUCUCUAAAGAAUAAACAAGUAUGCUCUUUGUUUUUAAUAAAUAGUUCUUUUGGGUUUUUGGGGGUUUUUUUAGAUUAACCCAGUACUAAAUCUUCUAUCUUUGGACCAAGGAUCUGCCUCCUUUAAAAGAGGAGGAAGGAUAGGAACAAUUCAUCCUUUCCACAGCCCUUAAAAUUCUCGUGCCUUUAAAAUUCUGAAAUGUUGGACUUCAGUUGGAAUCACUGGCAGGACAAUUGUCACUUGACCCCAGACCUGCGGGCCCUACUGGAGUUACUUAAGCCUCUCUCCUGUACCCAGAUGAGGAGAAAUGGAAAGCUCAAACAGCUGGAAGUUUAGGGAACCAAAAAGAUGCACCAGUGGUGCUGGGAGAUAGCUUUGUGUGAGCUUUUUGCAUGUUUUUCCUUUAUAUAGUCAUGUGUUGUCAUGCACUUUUCAUCCCUUGUGUCUAUCCAUGUGCUUUAGCGCCUGUGACAUAGUAAAUGCUUACCAUAUACCAUCCAAAAAAAACAAACCCCCAAAAUUGGUUUCUUUGGAAUUCGUGAUGUGUUUUACAAAGUUAAUGAUUAAAAAAUUGAUAGCCUCCACCAACUGGAGGUGUCCAAAGCCCUACUGGACCCGUUGAGAAUGAAAAGAAAGUGGCAGAACUGUGUCUGAGUGUUUAUUCUUUCCUUCUAGUCAGACUAAAAUGGUGCACAUAUUCACUUAGAGAUGGGUGUAGAAUAUAUGACUAUAUUGCCUGAAGGGGGGGGGGGGGGGCGUUAAAAACAAAUCCUUUGGAAAAGAGGCAUUCUAUGUAAAAUGUGACUUUUUUAAAAAAAGCAGAUACUUUUUGCUAAGGA